AAGUUUGUCUUUCAGUUCUCUGCUUGCCCGGACUUGGUGAGGGUUGGGUUUUCUCUCUCUCGAUCAUUCCCUGAGGAAUGGCGAUGUCGAAAGUCUCCAUCUCUGAAGCCAAGUUAGCCUGCGCGAUCUGCCUGGAUCUCCUGAAGUCCCCUGCUACCAUUCCCUGCGGGCACAACUUCUGCAUGGAGUGCAUCGGAAGAUGCUGGCAUCAGGAAGGGGGGUCAGAGACUUUCAGGUGCCCUCAGUGCCGGGAAACAUUCAGCUCCAGGCCCCCCCUCUCCAAGAACACCAUCCUGUGUGAGAUAGUGGAAGACUUCUCUCAUCCUGACCCAGCGUGGGCCUCAAAGGAGGCUGUGGACUCCCAGGGUGUGCUGUGUGACUUCUGCACUGAUGAGAAGCUAAAGGCUGUUAAGUCAUGUGUGGUCUGCAUGGCUUCAUACUGCGAGGUGCACCUACAACCCCAUAGCAGCAACCCGGUCUUCAGCGAUCACCGACUCAUCGAUCCGGUCAGGGACAUCGAGAGGAGGAAAUGUCCCACCCAUCGGAAACCCCUGGAGGUAUUCUGCAGGACCGAUCAGAAAUGUGUCUGCUGUCUGUGUGCCAUCAAUGAACACAGGCAACAUGAGACUGUGUCUGUGGAAGAACAAGUGAGCGAACUGAAGAAAGACCUCCACGAGCAACAGGCUAAGGUGGACAAACAGAUGCAGGAGACCACAGGGGAGAUUGCAAAGCUGCAGCAGAAGGCUGACUCCAUUAAAGGUAUGGUACUCCAGGUGAAACAUCACACCAGGAACAAGUGUGCUGAGUUGCUGAAAACCAUUGAGCGGGCACAGAAGGACGUCCUACGUUAUAUUGAUCAUGAGGAGGAAGCCGUGUUGAGUCGGGUGGAAGACUCCAUGAAGCUACUGCGGAGUAACCUGGCUGGGCUGCAGGAUAGUAAACAGCAGUUCCGGGCUGCCCUGGAAAGUGAUGACAGCUUGUUUGUAUUACAGGAACACUGGAGGUUGAGCAAACUUGAGCAGCCUCUUCCUGUCUUGCAGUGCGAGGCUGAUGUCAACUUUAGCGCUGUGGAAAAUGCCAUGACUGAACUCUCCAGUCACAUCACAGGACAGCUGCACAGCUCCUUCAACCCACAUCUGGAGGCUGAAGUCUGCAAAGACAAUGAGAAAGAGAUCUCCAGUGGCCGGCUGAGUGUAUGCCCCAUGGAAACAAGGGCUGACCUGAACAGUAAGCAGAAAGCCGAUUAUGUACAACAUGCUCUCCAGUUGACGUUUGAUCCCAACACAGUACACAAGCACCUACUACUGUCAGACAACAACUGCAUAGUGACAGAUGUGGACCCCGAAAGCGUCCCUUACCCUGAACACCCCGAGAGGUUCAGCAACUUCCCCCAGGUGCUGUGUGCCGAAAGCCUGUCGGGAGGCCGCUCCUAUUGGGAGGUGGAGAUCAGUGGACACUGGGCGGGAAUGGGAGUCACCUACCGAGGAAUCAAGAGGAAAGGGUCGAACAUGUGCAGCCUUAUUGGGCGGAACAGCCUCUCCUGGUGUCUCCUGUACAGUAACAGCAAGUAUUUAGCCCUUCAUAACAAAGAGGAGGUCAGCCUGCAAUCCGGCAGGUACCAGAGAAUUGGCAUCUACCUGGACUACCCUGAGGGCACACUGGACUUUUAUGGGAUCGGCGACACGAUGAGUCUGAUCCACAGGUUCAAGACAGAGUUUACAGAGCCUGUGUAUCCCGCCUUUUGGGUGUUUCUGGGAACAUCUCUCCGAAUCUGCUGGCUGGAUUAGGAGAGGCUAAUUUCUACUUCCUGUGUGUCUUCUAGCCUGUACUUCCAGGGAUGGUCUCACUGUAGUGCGUGGAGGCAGCAUCGGAGGGCAUGGGUUUGAAUGUGGAACACACUGUAACAUUGGAGUAGGUGAAGCGAAUAACACUGACAUUUUUAACUGGAAUAAACUGCUGGAAAAGCUCAGCAGGCCAGACAACAGCUGUGGAGGGACUAAGGGUGGAAUCUAACCUGGGUGACGUGGGCUAUGGCAAGAUGGUGGCAGAGCUGGGUGAGAUGUUUGGCAAGUCCCAUCUCAAUGUCAAGGUCAUCUUGCUUCAUCUCGUGUAGCAUAUAGCAUGGCAAGGUUCUCGCUAGCAAGCUCCCAGUUGAUGCCCGCUCUUGAUUGUAAACAGCUCAACUUGCCAUGGGUUGGCUACCAUUUUACCAAACUCACCAACAAACAAGCCAUCAGGAAAGAUCGACGUGGAAACCAGAGCGGGUUCCUGAUGGAUUCAACUCUCCGCUUUUCUGGAAGGAACAGGACGAUGAUGUCAGAUGCUGGGCACCAAUAUCUCAGGGUAUUUUCCACAGGCACUGGCCACAUACACCAACGUCCAUGUUAUCCAACAUGUGCCAGCCUCAUUGAACAUCUCUUAUCCACAGUCAGGACGCUCCUGCUCUUCAGUGUUAGGCUGCCGGCCACUGUAACUCUCACUGUAACGCUGUAGCAAGCACACUGUGUUCUCAAGGACGCACACCCAGCUCAUAGAACCCAUACAGCACUGAAAGAGGCUAUUGGGCCCAUCAGGCCUGCACCAACCCUUUGAAGACAGUCACGGACUGGACCACAUUGCAGCUCCAGGCCCCUCAAUAAAUGUUAUGGGACUCACUCUCUCUGGGCCUACCUCACCAUUUUGUACUUUGCCCCCUUAGCCAGAGACACCAGGCUCAUAUCACUGUUGUCCUACCUAGUUGCUUAGAAUAGAUAAAAGGCCAGCAAGCUUGUCCUGAUUGUCAGCAGGUCUCCAUGCAGUCCAGGCCUCCGCUCAGUGUUUCCUGAUAUAGUAGGUGAAGAGCUGCUUCUGACAGCCCUUAUAGGCUGGCCCAGGGCAGUCGGGUUCUGGGUGCGGGUCCUUGUAAGGAGCUGAGGAGCUCAAUGUUGGGCAGUGCACCACUCAUCCUGACUCCCCCUGUCCGUACAGUGGCCUGUUCUCACCCUUGAAUGAGAGACAGAGAGGGAGGUCUGAAAGGGCCCAAGAGCAGGGGGGGCGCGGCUGUUUCUUUCGCAGCAGCUGGAGUUGCGUCCUGAGUACAUCAGUGCGCCGUACAGCGGGCAUCCAGGGUCAAUGGUGCUGCAGGUUUGGUGGGUGAGGGACAAUGCUGAAAGCGAGACUGGUCGCUAUGAGAGGAAACCAACCUGACUGUGAGUUAAUAGAGAGAAGAUAACACUGGAGUGGAUGCUGCUGCCCUUGCUCCUAUGUUACAAUGGCCUAGUGGUAUUAUCGCUGAACUAUUAAUCCCGAACUCAGCAGACCUGGAAGCA